AUGUCUUCCUCGGCAUCAUCUGGAGCUGAGAAGCAACCGCGCUCGAGUCGGGCGUGCGUUCAAUGUCGCACUCGGAAGCAACGCUGUCUGCCGGAGCUGCCUGGUGUACCGUGCCAGCGUUGUCGAGGCGCCCACAAAACAUGCUCCUUUGAAACCGAUGUGGACUAUCGUCUUGCCUACGCGCCUUAUCCAUCCCCAAGCCCCGGUCAAAGUGGCGCCGACGUGCAUGCACUCCGUCUUGAGCUCGCCGAGCACCGUCGCCGUCUGGAUAUUCUUGAGGGCGCCAUGCGCUCGGGAUCUAUACCUGCUUCUACUUCUACUUCAAGUGGUGGAAUGAAUGAAGACACUACAUCUGAAUUUCCCAGCGUCCCCUCAGCGUCUACCUCCUCGUCGAUCUCAGGGCCUGCACUCGGUUCCUCGCCUGCGGACUCGCAAGGCUUUCCUGCGCGUGGCAUGCAGUACGGCUCACCUGCGGAGUCAGCAAUGGGAUCGGGCAGCAACGCCUCGCUCGAUAGCCCGCGGCCCAAACUGAAGAUCGAUGAGAACGGUCUCGGGGCUCCUAUAUCCACUCUGCGCAACCUCAGUACUCUCAACAAUGCAGAGGAUGUUAUGCGCGGCACACAUCCGCCAAGUCCCCACAUAUCCGAAGGGAUCGUGCUCGACCCUAUCGACCGUGGCAUCCUUAGCAUGGAGGAUGCCGAGCGCUGUUUCAAGAUCUUCUUCGACAACCUUCAUCAGCUAGCACCGUUGCUAUGCGUGCGUACGCAGUCGUCGGCGGCCUCAGUCCGCGCGACCUGCAGCGUUCUCUUUACGUCCAUCUGCACCGUCGGCGCUCGCUAUUGGGAUUACGAAUCGCCCCCGGCGACGCGCUCGUGGCUGCAUCCUCGCUACCGCACUCUGGUUGGCUUACUUGAUGAGGCCAUCGCAUCGUUACUACUCCGCGCCACUCCUGCAGACGUCACCGUCGAGAGCAUACAGGCGCUGCUUGUGUACUUGCAAUGGAUGCCGCUCGACGGCGUUCGCUCUCGCUUCAACGACAUCAGUGCAUGGUCUGUUGCCGGGCUUGCUAUUCGUCAUGCACACUACAUCGGACUCGACCGCAGUGUACAUGCGAACCAUGGCGGUAACGGACGAGAAGAAGACAUACACCGCAUGCGCGUAUGGCUCAACCUUCUGAGCGUCGACCACCAUCUGAUGCUUACGGCCGCUCUUCCUGCUUCUCUCAAUCCCGAACCAGCAGCGCGCGUCUGUCGUACGUUUGCUUCGAGCCCACUGGCGCAGACCACGGACAUCAAGGCUGCCGCUCUCUGUGAACUCGUGAACAUUCUUCACCGCGUGGCCAAGGCGUGCGGCGAUCCAUCUCUCCGGCGACUUGAUCCCAUCUCAUUGCGCCGCGCCAACGCUGAACUAGACGACUGGGAAUUGACAUGGACAGCGGUUCUUCCUGCUCAGAGCACCUUCUAUAUGCCAUUCACCGCUCUACGCUGGUAUCGUCUGGCUAUGAACUCGGCUUCGCUCAAUAACGCGCUCAAACAUCCCGGCGCGUCGUCCGCCUCCGCCAGUGCAGCUGAGAUCGGCAUCGAGGCCGCCGCGCAAAUGCUCUUCCAUUUCAGUGCUGAAGCCGCGCUGCAACCUGCAGGUCGCCCUGUUCGGGGCCUGCAUGGACCAUUCACGUUAGCGCACCACGCGCUAAUCGCAUUUCAGUUCGCGAUAGACUCGUACUGGGUUACCCACGCGUUUAGCGUCGUCCUCCUCGCGCUGGCGUUUACGCGCGGUCUCAUCGAUGAUGAGUUACAUAUACUCAGUCCACCCUCACAACCGUUACGCCCACGCCCAGAAGCAUUACUUCCUUGUCUUCUGCGCUUAGCCGCGGCGGCCUUCCGUGGCGUAUGCGCGCCGGGCGCGGCACACUAUCGCGCACUCGUCGACGGUGUGCUGGAGGACAUGCUUGUAGACGGUCAGACGACCGGACUUGUCAACGACGUUGAGAACAUGUUCCCGGAGCUGAUGGAUCUCGGUUUGGGUUUCGAUUGGGCGCUGUUCCAAGACCCCGCGGCUGGAUUUGGUGUGCCCAUGGGCAAUGGCAUGGCAUCGUAG